CAUAAGCAUCUCUGUGCAAGUAGCCUUGUUCUUAAUCCUCUGUCUAUCCGAUUUUAUCUGGUGACUUCAGCAGGAUGCUGGGAGAUCACUGCAGACGAGGAAAGAAAGACAAUGUGAAGGAUUCCCUGGAUGUAAGCGGAGAGGAACUCUCAGCUCUUUCUGACCAGGAGUUGGAUGCCUUACUCACGACUGGAUCAUGAUGUGGGUCACUGUGAGCUUCCUUUGCUGCCUGACCUUCGGACGUUUGCCUUGGAUGCUCUGUUUUUGCCCUUCUCAAUGCAGCUGCUCGUUCUACAGCAUCAGUGAGAGGAUGAGAGCCAGCAGGGCUAUUUUGUGCAAUGACCCGGAGAUGACCCUUACGCCGGUCAAUUUCCCAGGAGACACUUUCAAACUUAGGAUAGAAAAAACAGCAAUCCGAAGAGUUUCUGGGGAGUCUUUCCAUUCUCUUCACAACCUGGAGUUCCUCUGGAUGCCCUAUAAUGCCUUGACAAGCCUCCGAGUAACUAACUUUAGGGGCCUGGACCAGCUUCAGGAGCUCAGACUGGCUGGCAAUGUUCUGACUUCUUUUCCGUGGGAGACUCUUCUCAACACGCCUCAGUUGAGACUGCUGGAUUUGCACAAUAAUCAGAUUGCCUCCAUACCCUCUCACGCUGCUCAGUAUAUCCGGAACAUCACUUAUCUUGACAUCUCAAGCAAUAAACUGGUGAUGCUUCCUCAAGAACUUAUCGUGCUGUGGUCGAAUCUCCAGGCUGUUCCAUACUUCCUGAAUGACAACUCCAAGAUCAUCCUAGGCCUACAGGACAACCCAUGGACAUGUGACUGCAGCGUCUAUGAAAUGUCUCAUUUCCUCAACUUCCAGUCCCCCAACAUAGCCUUCAUUGAGCCAAAGCUGAGAUGCUUUAACCCUGAAAAGCAGACUAGACUCUUCUUCAGUCAAGUGGAACUAAGGAAGUGCCAGAGCCCAGUUGUGCACACCUCGGUGGCUAAAGUAAAGAGUAUCCUAGGCAGCACAGUUCUGCUGCGGUGUGGGACCACAGGGGUGCCCGUUCCAGAGCUGAGCUGGAGAAGAGCUGAUGGAAAACUGUUCAAUGGCACAGUCCAUCAAGAAAUUUCCAGUGAUGGAAUAAGGUGGUCUAUUUUAGAAUUAUCGGUGGUCUCUUACUUUGAUUCUGGAGAAUACAUCUGCAAGGCUGCAAACUUCCUUGGAGCCAUGGAAGCUUUUAUCUCUUUGAUUGUCACCGAUUCUAAGAGCAUAGAUGGCCCUGGGGCAGAUCUGAAAGGAGUGUGGAAAGGACACAUCAAGGGGAUAGAAACAGCAGCUUACAAGGACAAUUUGCUCGGAGGACACAGCAUGACAACUUCAACUUUCCCGACUUUGCGUAUCAUUUCAGGUCAGGCCAACACAGAGAGGAAUCUGGUGCUUCGGGAUCAGGCCCUAAAUAUGAAAAGCGACCCCAAAAUUAUCUUAGAAAGUCUGCCCACUACUAAUCAAGAAUCCCAAUGCCUAGUCAGGUCGGUCCGAGUAAUUGGAGAUAGUGAUCAUAGUGUCUCCUUAGCUUGGAAAGCUCCUCAAGCCAACACUAGCACUGUGUUCAGCAUCCUUUAUGCCAUCUUUGGAGAAAGGGACAUGCGCAGAAUCAACGUGGAGCCGAAGAAGACGAGGGCCACCAUCAACGGCUUAAUGCCCAAGACCAAGUACAUCGCGUGCAUUUGCGUGAAAGGACUCAUACCCAAGAAGGAACAAUGCAUCAUUUUCUCCACAGAUGAAGUUGCCAGCGCUGGUGGAAUCCAAAAACUGAUCAAUGUGGUGGUCAUCAGCGUGGCCUGUGUCAUUGCUGUCCCUCUCACCCUGGUGGUCUGCUGUGGGGCCCUAAAAAGACGCUGCAAAAAGUACUUGGUUCAGAAACCCAAGGACAUUCAGGACUCUUACGUCACUUUUGAAGCCCUCUCUCCAGGAACCAGAACGAGGGAGACAGAAGGAGAAUACUUGACCCACCACAUACCUGACGAGUGCAAUCGGUUACUGUCUUCAAGGUCCAGCGUGGACUCUGAAGCAGUUACAAAGGCAGAUGGACAGCUGAAUGAGUACUUCUGCUGAUACUGCUUUCCUUACAACUUGACAAAUGUAAUUCUAUCUUUGGCAAUCCCUCUUUUGCCUGAGAUCUCUCAUGCCAUACAUGCAUGUUUCGUACAAAAAAUACAAUGUAUAGCUUUGCUGAAGUUCUUUUUUUAAGUUAAACUCUCAAUACUGUAAAUAUAUGAUGAGCAACUUUCCUGGGACUUUUCCCCCCCCCCUUUGGUUCUGAGAUUUCAAUAAUCCAAUAAUGGCUCCAUUAAUAUUCUAUGAAAGAACAGGUCCUUGUUUAUAUUUUCUGUAAAUUUCAGGAUGGAAAUAGAUUUUAAAUCAAAGCCUUAAGGGCCCGAAGGCUGAGUAGAGCUGCAUUGGAGGAUAGAAGGGAGUUACUUUUGUGUGAUAUACUAAUGGCAUUUUUAGGACUGGAGGUCUGAUGUAAAUUCAAGUUCUCCUCCACAGCCUCAAAUUGUUUUAUCUCUACCAGUUUCUAAAUGUUGUGUGUUGCUUAAAAGGGAUUUGUAAACUAAAAGAUCAGAGGGAACGAAGUGAAAUAUCAUAUGUACCCAUCAGGCAUCUUAGACUGAUUUUUUUUUCUUUUGACAAAAUAAAUUCAGAUCAUAUAUA